AAAGUGUGAGUAGUAAAGCUCAAAGCUCGUGGUGGAUUUGGUGUGUAUGAUAUGUCAUCGUCUGACAUCGAUAUUUUAAAGAAGUAGAAAAAGUUUUGUUUUGGGUCGCUAGUUUUUCUACAAUUUAAGCGUAAAAUGCUUCGAAAAAUGGGGAUGACAGCAGCUCCAAUAUUCGCUGCCGCGGCUGUGAAAGUAGACGAAUCUAAAGAAACUGAGAAGGUCGUGGUGAAACAUCGACCGAAAGAUUUACCCAUUUACACACCACUCUAUCCGGAAGAGAAGAGUUGCCAUCCAGGCGUAAAUGCUAAGAAGAAUGUACUAGAGGAAGGUAUCAGUGCAGUGAGAGUGGCUACACAGGACGCGUAUGAUGCCGUUCUGUCACAGACCAAACAAAUUGAUGACUUCAUCGCCACGGGAAGGGAACACUCUAGAGUCGCGUUCGAUUACCUAAAUGAACCGGAAAAUUCGCUACCCCGAGCAGGAGCUAUAGCACUGGGUGCUGCUUCGGGUUUCGUUAUUGGAUUAAGACAUGGCUUCAUUCGUCGUCUACUGUACACAACCAUUGGUGGCGGUGCUCUGGCUUCGAUAUGCUAUCCGAAAGAGGCAGAAAUUUAUGCUCAAAAAGGUUUAGCUGAGGCAAAAACUUGGACGACCAUUGGUGUUAAUUUCAUUUACGGUGUCAAACCGGGUGAGGAGGCCAAAUUGCCGGCGAUUCCAUCAAAUUUCUCCGAAUUAAUGUCAUCGGUCAGUGGCUUAUUCGGGUCCAAUUCUGACGAUAAAAAAUCAACCAAAUAGAAAUGAUCACCAAAAUGAUGUUGUAUUAAAAGAGGAUUUAGUUGAAGCAA